CAGGGACAAGAAGUGCCCAGAAGGAAGAUUGAGCUGAAGAAAAGCAUCCGAUGGAAAACGUUUCCAGAUGGCUUCCCAAACCUCUUCAUUGAAGAAGUCAAGACAAUGGCUGGCAAAGAUGUGAUAUUUCUUGGCAGUUUUCACUCUGCUGAAGUGAUAUUUGAACAGUUGUCAAUAGUGUAUGCAUUACCAAGGUAUUUAGCCAGAUCCCUAACUUUCAUUCUGCCAUACUUUCCCACAGCAACCAUGGAGCGAGUGGAGAUGGAGGGAGAGAUUGCCACUGCUAAGACUCUGUCCACCAUGUUGUCCUGCAUUCCGCUGUGUAGCAGAGGACCUCCACACAUCAUGGUGUUUGACAUCCACGCUCUGCAGGAGAGAUUCUACUUUGGGAACUCUGUCAUACCUAGAUUAGAAACGGCGAUUCCACUGUUGCAGAGGGAAGUCCAGUCUCUGCCAGAUCAUCAGAAUAUCUCCAUUGCCUUUCCUGACGAUGGUGCCCACAAACGAUUUCAUCGAAUGUUUGACAAGAUGAACACCAUUAUAUGUGUCAAGGUCAGAGAGGGCGACAAGAGGGUCAUCAGGAUCAAAGAUGGUAACCCCAAAGACCAACACGUGGUAAUAGUGGACGACCUGGUGAUGACUGGAGGGACGCUUAAAGAGUGUGGAAAGGCACUUAUGAAUCAAGGCGCCAAGUGUAUCAGUGCCUACGUGACGCAUGCAGUAUUUCCUAGCGAUUCCUGGAAAAAAUUCACGCAAUCGGAUGUCAAGUUUGAGAACUUCUGGAUUACGGACUCUAUGCCACACGCUAAUGACAUUGCCAAGCAUGAACCAUUCCGAUUGCUGUCGAUAUGUGACGUUAUAGCUGACUCUCUACUGGGAUAUGAUUUAUUGCAGAAUUGAUUGACAGGAGCUGGGAAUUCUGGGACUGGUUUCACAAAAAGCUUUAGCCCCAAAAGUUGGUCUUAACUUUUAGGCUAAAAUUUAAGUCUACUCUGCCCUAUGCUAAAUCCAUAGUAGACUGCUAUAAAGAAUGCAUAUUAGUGUGAAAUGUUUGACAUUCAUUGCUUGUUAUAAAAAACAGCUAAAAUAUUAUAUUUUAUUAGAUUUUCACCAGUUAAUCCUUGGACAUGGUCUAAAAUUUGGGUAUAGAAAUUAAGACAUAUUUUGGAUCAUGACCAAUUAAGUUGUGUUUCACAAACACUCUAAAAAGCCUUCUUACUGUGUUUUUAUUUAUUUAUGUGCUCAUUUACUUGCUUUUUAACUGAAUCACAAUAGCAAAAUGUGUUCCUUUCAUCAAUGUGUUUUUACUCUCCCAGUGGUGACAAUAGCCCAUUUGGGAAUAUAAGCUACAUUUAUUGUGAGCCAGUUGUUCAUGAUUUAAAACGCUUUUAGACUGGGUGGACAUAAAGUUGAGGGCUGUCUAUUGAGACUAUCCCAGAAAAGCCUAAAACAUGGCUGAUGGCAGCAUGAUGGCACUGGAGACUAGAAAAAAUGCAAGAAUUUGGAUGAAGUGGGCUGAUUUUUAAGUGAAAGGUGUUUAUGCUGAUUUCACAAGUUUUUUUUUUAAACACUUUUUGUGAAACAACUCCCAUGACUCAUACAGUUCACUGAAAAUUAUCAGUAAAAUCCCAAGGGCUUAAAAAGCCUUUUAAAAGUGAUGCAGAUUUUCAUUGCUGCAUACUCACAGGAAUGAUUUGAAACGUGGAUAGUUCGUUCUUGCAAUUGUUGCUAAAAUAGAUUAAAUGGGACAUGGUUUUCAUAUGCAAACAUGUGGCAGCUUUUUUUUUUUUUUUAAUAUUUAUCACACAAUUAAUAUGGGCAUUGAGAUUAUAAUGCAUCAUGGAAGCUGAGGAAGAAUUAGCUGAUAUGUCCAGGGUUUUGUUGAGAGGUUGGUACACAAAAUGUAGCCCUGGAUUGCUUGGUUAAAACAGAUAACAAGGAGAGUUUUACUGUAAUAGUACUUGGUUUUGUAUUUUUUCUUUGUUAUACUUUUUGGGGGUGAGGGGAGAUAGGGGAACCUCUAAAGCUAAGGAGGUUGAUUCCUAUUAUUUUGAUGGAUCCAUCAUCAGAAUCAUUGCCAUUUUAGUUAAUUUUAUGUAACUGAACAUAAUUGUCGGUUGAAUAUAUGUUUGAAGUUAACUGAGAUUGUUAUUUCAUAGGUAAUGUAUGUAUUAUAAAAUUGUGUUACACAGGUAAUGUUUAAUAAAUGUCAAUAAUUUGUCAUGGUAUUGAAAUUUUUUUUAAUACUUAAAAUUAAUUAAA